GGGUUGAACUCUCGCUCAGAGACGCGAUCUCGCGAGUGUUUUCAGUUUGACAGCUAAUCAACAUAAACACACACUCUUUUUAGCAAUUUGUAAGAUUAUUGCAAUGUCUGAUCUUAGGCAAAGGUCCGGUGUUGGAAAACCAGAUACAGAUCCAAAGCAUGCCCCUGAGACACAGCCACCUGCUGAUGACGAUGAGGAAGAGGAGGAAGUUCCACUGUUUAACCCAAACGCUUCCAAGGAGCUUCCGCAGGCAUCAGACACAACAACAGAUGCUUUUGACACAGCCUUGAAGGACCUGACGCCAAGAUGGAGGAACUGGGUAAUCCGUGGAUUCUUCAGCUGGGUGAUGAUCCUGGCGUUUGCCCUCAUUAUUUGGCUCGGGCCUCUUGCGCUUGUUACCAUGAUAAUGUUACUGCAGAUAUUCGGUUUCCAUGAGAUCAUUACAAUAGGUUACGUUGUGUACCGCUCCUAUGACCUUCCGUGGUUCCGAACACUCAGCUGGUACUUCCUGUUUGCAUCAAACUACUUCUUCUACGGAGAAAGUCUUAUUGACCACUUUGGGGUACUUUUACACAGGACGGAGUUCAUGCAUCCGUUCAUCACUUACCACAGGAUCAUAUCCUUCCUGCUAUACGUGGCUGGCUUUGUCUCCUUUGUCGUCAGCCUACGGAAGAAACACUACCUUAAACAAUUCACCAUGUUUGGCUGGACCCAUGUGACGUUGCUUCUGGUGGUGACUCAGUCACAUCUCAUCAUGCAGAACAUCUUCGAGGGACUUAUCUGGUUCUUGGUUCCCGUGUCAAUGAUCAUCUGUAAUGACAUCAUGGCGUACAUGUUUGGGUUUUUCUUCGGCAAGACGCCACUGAUAAAAUUGUCUCCGAAGAAAACGUGGGAGGGAUUCAUUGGUGGAGCUGCUUCGACGGUCCUGUUUGGUAUUGGGAUCUCCUGGGUGUUGAUCCAGUUUGACCAGAUGGUGUGCCCGAUACAGUAUGAUGACGACAAGGGUGCGAUGAGCAUGGAGUGUGAGCGACACCCGGUAUUCUUGCUGGACGAGUAUGCCAUACCGGAGACAAUACAAAUAUUCAUGAAACUGUUUGGCAAGUCCCAACCCACAGUCAACAUGUAUCCGUUCAUGCUUCAUUCCAUCAUGUUUUCAAUAUUCGCCUCUGUCAUUGGGCCGUUUGGAGGAUUCUUUGCCAGUGGGUUUAAAAGGGCAUUUAAAAUCAAGGACUUUGGUGACACGAUCCCAGGUCACGGAGGCAUCAUGGACAGAUUUGACUGUCAGUUCCUUAUGGCCACCUUUGUCCAUGUGUAUUACUCAAGCUUCCUCAAGCUUCCAAAUCCUACCAAAAUUGUCCAGAGCGUUCUAGUGAUGACUGUUGAUCAGCAGCGACAGAUUUUCUAUAAACUGCAGGAAAAACUCCUAGCAAGAGGUGUGAUAGAGGCUUCGUAACCAUAGCAACAGACAUAAUGCAAUAGGAUGUUAAACACUUCCUAGACUUUGGGUUUUUAGAUUAUGUCAUGAGUAGAUUUGAUAAAGUUUAGUGUACCCUAAAUCGUUGUGGACUGUGUAUAGUAUGAUAUUAUACAUCAAAGACAGUGUAGUCAGUGGGAGCAGUAUUUCUAUCAAAUUUACAAUGCAUUUGAGACCAUUAAAAUCAUUGUUACUUCAAAGGUUUAUUACGUGGAUUUAGAGAAAAUAUUUUCUGGUGUACGCCAAUGAGAUAUACAAACAUAAAAAUGUUUAAAAAGUAAAACAACUUCUGCGAUAGUUUCUGAAUUAAUAUGAAAAUAUAGUAACUGCAUGUGACAUUAUUAAUGUUUAUUGUUAAAAAUUCUAUACAAAAAUAAUGUAAAUAUAUACUAUAUGAUUCUGUUAUAUUAGUUUUGGAUGAACAUUAUUUCUGCGGUGAUGCAUUGGGAUGCCAGCGGUUGUGAUAUCUACACUGUUUGUAGACAUGUUCUCGUUAUAAUUUUAAACACUGUUUGUUGCUUCCAUUCAUUUUGUCUCUGAGUCAGACAUAUAAGGCUUUUCCGUCAGACAAUUUUGCAAAUCCAUUCAGAUGUUGAAAUAUUUUUCACACUGUAGACAUGUUCUCUUUAUAAUUUUAAACACUCUUUGUUGCUUCCAUUCAUUUUGUCUCAAUCAGAUAUAUAAGGCUUUUCUGUCAAACAAUUUUGCGAAUCCAUUCAGAUGUUGAAAUAUUUCACAUUGUCUGAAUUUUUAUCCAUUCUUAUAUGAAAACCAUUUCACAUAAGUCAUUAUAAAUAAUGUUGUACAUUUCAUAGGUUGCUUCAAUGAAUUUUUUCUUAACAUUCUUUUAUCCAUUUCGGAAAUGUGAUUCCCUGUAUUUACAAGAGAUUAAACCAUUUAUUACCAUUCAUUUCACUUUUUGAGUAAUGUGGUGAGGGGUCUCUCUUCACAAUGCUGCUGCUUUAAGUUAGUAUUGGGUCAACCAGGCCGAAUGUAUUGAGUUUGGGUUGAAUAUUGAACCAAUGCAAUGAGGUAUUGUAAAAUUGGAAUAUUGAGCAAAUCACGUAACCAUUUCAUCAGGCUUGCUGGCUAGUGCCAAUCUCGCCCACUGCAAUAUCUGCAAUCUAUCAUCUUCUGCAACCACUUAACUUUCUUCCAUAACGCUUCAUACAUAACUAGGGAAAAUUUGAUGACAAAAUCUCAUUUAUAUGAAUAAGCAUGAGGCAGGGAAGACAACUCUUCUUCCAUAAAAUUGCAUGGUACAAUUAAAUACUCUUCUAUAACCCUGUAUUGUCAUUUGUCUCCGCAGGCGAGUGGUCUGUGUGUUUGUUUUAAAAUUUAAUCAGGUAGACAAGUUAAAUUCGAGAUUUGGCCAGGAUACUUUUUCUAUGAGAAAACGCUAGUAUAAGUGUCUGUGCAUAUUUGAGAGACAUAUUUUCCAUAUUUGUUCCUUUUGGAUUAAAAUAUACUGCCUCAUUAAUUAUCAAUGAUUAUGAGAUUUUCAAAGCUGAAUUGCCCACAGUACACAAUGAAGCUAGCCCUGAAGUAUAUUGGUUGGUCUGACAAUUGACUUUUAUGUUUUUCCUACAACUUACCAUCAAAAUGUGCUGUUCUAUGCACUUAUUCUCAUUCGAAUGCCAUGUAUUUUCUGCUGACUAGUCAUUUAUCGUAUUUUUGUUUUCUGGUUUUAAGUAAUGAAAAUAAUACCGGUUUAUAACUUAGCUCAAAAAUAUUGACAGUAUGUGAGAAUAAUUAUACAUCUUUUAAUUUAAGAGGUUUAAUUUCUUACCCAUUUCCUAUUAUAAAAGGGACUGCCAAAAGUAUAAUUAAAAGGUCUUGCCAUACUAUUAUUUUAUGUUGCCGUCAUGCAAAAUCAGCAAUCACCCAGGUUGUCGCAUUUUUGAAACUAUAGUACUGUAUACGUUAUAUAUUCAACUCACUUUUUUCACAGAGAAUUCUACACCUUGGCUAUCUUUUUGAACACUUGUUUUCAAUGCUUAAACAGCCUAAAAGAGACUUUUCGAAAAAUUAAUGUGCAAUUUAAACCAUCUUAGAUAGUUUUAUCAGCAGUUUUCUGUAAACAUCAGGGUCCUGUUUCAAGAAAGAUUGUAAGGCUGAAGAAGGUAAAUUUCCAGGCAAAAACCUGUUUCUAACGUUAACUUAGCAGCAUUUAAAAUAUCAUAACAACAUUUAAUAUAUGGACUGUGCCUGUUACUUUACGGGUAUAAUGAGCUGAGUUAAUCAAUUUGAAAGUGUGUACCUUUAACACCUGUACAGGGUAGUCAAGGUUUUUUGUUUCACGUUCUUUCUGUUUGCUUUUUUUACAAUGACAUUUUUAGCUUGUCAAUUUUUUUAAGGAAAUGUUGAGGUAUUGUCAUAACCUUGUAAUCAUUGUCAUUCCUGUGCAAAAACUUUAACCUUGGCGAUAACCAAAACUGUUCAAGAUUUUCAAAUGAACCUUUAAUUGUUGGUACACAUGUUGCCAGAUAUGCACAUGUACAGCAAGUCCCACAACUCUGGCUUAAUUAUUGUGGCAUUUGAAAGGCUGUGGGCUUAUGACAAAGAAUUGAAUUUAUAUAUUAAUUUUGAUAAUUCAUUUAUGAAUGGCUGCUCGCUUUUUUAUCUGUAAAUAUGUUGUUUGUUUACUUGUGAUGUUUUAUUGGGGCCAUAUAGUUGUUUACUUUUAAAGUUAAGUAUAUUUAAAGCAAUUUUUGUAAUAUUUAUAUUUGUAUAUGUUGGCUGCUAUUUGUUUUUAUUUCAGCAUGUAUGAAUGUGUAUAUGUAUGAAUGUUAUUUGACUACUGUUUGUUGUGUGUUUUUAUGUUUCAACUGCGUUUUUAUCUUAAAUAAGACAUGAUUUAUAGCUUUAUUUUGAUGGAUUGUUUUAUAAUACUUUUUCUAGAAAUUAGUUUUAAGUUGCCUUUAUAGCCAAAAUGAAUAAAUGGUUUGUUUGGCAUUUUCUUACCCACAAUUUUAGGUGUUAGGUACUUAGGUUAGGCAGUUUUUUUCACUUGUUAUCACUUUUUAUUUUUUAAAGAAAAAGGAAUCAAUUCAAUGACUACUUGCAAGACUAAAAAUACCUCACGUUUCCGAUUUCUUGACCUACCCUUUUUUCAACUCAUCCCUAUUUUUUUUAUUGCCAUUUGACAGUUAAUUUUUUCUCUUUUUUAGUAGUUUCUUGAAUCAGAAAGACAGCUUAAUGUUAAUCAAGAUGUUGAAGUCAGACACAAGUUUACCCACAAAAAAUCCUUACCUACUUACCUUAUUAUCUUAAGGGCACUGAAAUCAAAAACAGGCAAUUUGAUAUUUUAGGCCUUAAUAACCAUAACAAUUAAGGGUCAGGGUUAGACUGUAAGUGGCAAUAAUCACCCACAUUAAUUAAAGAUAUGACUCAAUUUUCUGUUAUAUUUCCUACACCACUAAAACAAAGCUUAUAAGUAUGUUGAACCAAGACUCCAGAAAAUCCAGGGUAAACUGAUCAGUUUUAUAAGGAGAAUUUGUAUGCAAUAUUUUGAUAGAAAAAAAGCAUUAGACUUUCUGCAAGUCACAUUAAAUCUACCCCCAGUUAAAAUAGUUGUGGAGAGUUUAUCUUAUUCAGAUACAAAGUGUAUACUCAUUUGUUUUAAUAUGCAACUCGCCACUGUGUUGAACUGAAAGUCUAGUCAGUUAAUGUAUACUGUAUAUGUCCUUGGAAGAUUUGAACACCCGAACAGUUAUGCAUUAAGGAGGGCAUUAUAUAUGUAUUUUGUCUGUCUCUGGGACCGGAGCAAUGCUUACCGGGACUCAAAACUUAAAACACUUAAUUCUCAGCAUUGUAAAACGUUGCUAUUUGUUUAUAGAGCAAUUGUUUAUGGUGUUAUUAUAUUCUGCUCCACAAAUUUAAGUGAAUAACAUGUAGGUUACAACACACCAAUUUUAUUGCAAACAAAUAUGUGGUUUAGUUUGAUUGCUCUAGGUUGUUCUGAAAAUCUCUAUAGGGCAUAAACAGUACCUCAGUGUGUUUUGUUAGGCCAUACAAAUUUAUUCUAUGUGUCGGGUUUGAAUGUCAAAACCUCCUUACCCGGCAGAAAAAACGAGGUGGCAUUUUUUUUUUCUGUACAACAAUGUCCCCUGAUAGUCAAUUUCACAAAUAAAAAUCAUACAGAAAAACCUUAAAAAUAUCUAAUUCCAUACAUCUCGCCCUGUAUAUGAUACAUACAUUUGUAUCUUGACUCAGAUCAAUGUUAUUUUUAAUAAAUAAGCUCUAGAAAAUAAUAUUUCUUUGCUUAAUUCAGAUUUUUGUAAAUUAUAUUUUGUUGAAUUCUGCUAAGCAUAGAAUGAUUCUGGCAUUGCUUUAUUGUGAACUCAUGAAACUGGUCACAUUUAAUUUUAAAAGUUAAAAUUUAAGAAAUUCUUUUUAGCAUAUUUUUGUGUACAUUCUAUGUAUUUUAUAUGUAUAUAUAUACGUUUUUGAUGAAUUGUAGCAUAUUUUAUUUCAACACAUUAACAAUUGUUAAUGGAUUAUUUAAGCAAAAUCAUCUGUAACUAGUGUGUAUAUGUGUAAAGUAAUUUAGAUAAUUCAUUAAGACAUCAUGCCGAUCGUUCAGAGCUUAGUUUAUGUUAACAAUGUUGUUAAGGUCAUUGUUUUAACUUUAUAAUCAUUGCUGCACUAGAAGUAUAAUAGAUUUAAUUGUGAUCUGCUGCAUUUAUAAAAAGAUUUGAGGGAACUAAUUCAGCUGUACCAAGUCUUGUUUGAGAGAACUAAUUCAGCUGUACCAAGUCUUGUUUGAGAGAACUAAUUCAGCUGUACCAAGUCUUGUUUGAGAGAACUAAUUCAGCUGUACCAAGUCUUGUUUGAGGGAACUAAUUCAGCUGUACCAAGUCUUGUUUGAGGGAACUAAUUCAGCUGUACCAAGUCUUGUUUGAGAGAACUAAUUCAGCUGUACCAAGUCUUGUUUGAGAGAACUAAUUCAGCUGUACCAAGUCUUGUUUGAGAGAACUAAUUCAGCUGUACCAAGUCUUGUUUGAGAGAACUAAUUCAGCUGUACCAAGUCUUGUUUGAGAGAACUAAUUCAGCUGUACCAAGUCUUGUUUGAGAGAACUAAUUCAGCUGUACCAAGUCUUGUUUGAGGGAACUAAUUCAGCUGUACCAAGUCUUGUUUGAGGGAACUAAUUCAGCUGUACCAAGUCUUGUUUGAGGGAACUAAUUCAGCUGUACCAAGUCUUGUUUGAGGGAACUAAUUCAGCUGGAACAAGUCUUGUUUGAGGGAACUAAUUCAGCUGUACCAAGUCUUGUUUGAGAGAACUAAUUCAGCUGUACCAAGUCUUGUUUGAGGGAACUAAUUCAGCUGUACCAAGUCUUGUUUGAGGGAACUAAUUCAGCUGUACCAAGUCAUGUUUGAGAGAACUAAUUCAGCUGUACCAAGUCUUGUUUGAGGGAACUAAUUCAGCUGUACCAAGUCAUGUUUGAGGGAACUAAUUCAGCUGUACCAAGUCUUGUUUGAGAGAACUAAUUCAGCUGUACCAAGUCUUGUUUGAGGGAACUAAUUCAGCUGUACCAAGUCUUGUUUGAGGGAACUAAUUCAGCUGGAACAAGUCUUGUUUGAGAGAACUAAUUCAGCUGUACCAAGUCUUGUUUGAGAGAACUAAUUCAGCUGUACCUAGUUUUGUUUGUUGUACCAAGUCUUGUUUGUUGUAUGCAAAUAUAUGAGCAUAUCAUAGAAUAUUUCACGUUUUAAAGUUGAUAACGAUGGGAUUUACAACAGUGUUAACUCUAACAAGGUUCUGACAAUAACAUCAUUGAUUUGAACAAAAGUUUGUGAUUUUAGUUACUUUUCUGUUAUAUUACAGUUACUUUUAAGCUUAAAACCUAAUGCUUACUUCUUGUUUUUGUAGUUUAUUUUAACAUAUAGAGAGCACAGUUUGUGUUGACCUGUUGUUAGAAUGAACUUUGUCAUGUUACAUGACAAAUACAUGAUCUCUUAGUGUUUUAGUACAUUUCAAUGCAAUCAAUGUUUCUAUUUCUUCAAUUUCAGACUAUUGUACAGUUGUAAAGUUAUGCUUUUCUUUUUGCUUGACACAUUGAAAAUAAAAUAGUUAGAAGAACCUUGAAAUGGAUAUAUGUAUAUAAUUAUGUAGGCAAGUAAGUAUUUGAUAUUUUUAUAGCGCCACAUAUACUGUUUUGCCCAUAAAGCUAGCUUUUAUAGUGACGUGGUCAAGUGUCCGCCUACAGAGCGAGACAUCAUGGGUGCAAUCCCCACCACAUGCUACUAGCAAUUUGUGCAGUCUGUUACAUUUGCUUCCAAAUGUAAAUAACUCUAGGCAUGAAAAACCUCAGUCAUUGCAAAUUGACAGAAUUUCAUAGGAUGAUGCAGUGCUAAAGUUUUGGUCAGUGAUUGCAUCAUUAAAAUACAAGCAAAUCUAUAAACAAUCACACAUGUAGAUGUAGAAAACAGCAUUGUUUUUUUAUGGGAUGAGAAAUAUUUUAAUAUCUAUUCUGUUAAAAAACUUGUUUAGAAAGUAAUGUCUUUUACUUGUGUUAACAUCGGUUGUGACCCGUGAUAACCCAUGUGAGAACACCUUUGAAGUCACGUGAUGCCUCACCCUGACUUUGCAACAAAUAUCUUUAUUGAAUCAGGACCCAGAAACCUUACAAUAAAAUAUCAAGUAUGAUUAAUACUGUCUCAUACAGAAACUUGCUUUAAAUCCAAUAUAUGGUUACUUAUGGUUAUUUAUGAAUGAAAGAGUGUUUUCAAUAAACAUACAAUUUUGCUCGAAAAAAAUGCUGCUUUUUAUUGUAAUUUUUCAUUGUAAUUCAUUGUAAUUCCAUUUUAUUUAUUAAAGCAUAUAUCAUCAGUUAUGAAUAAACUAUAUAGAA